AUGUACUGGGCCACCGGAAGUGCUCGUAUCCUGGCAGUCGAGCCCUCGCUGUUAAAGCGUGGUUCAGAUGGCGACGAUGAGGAGCUGGAAUUAGUCCUCCCUGUGAUAGCCUCUGGUCAGGACAAAAGCAGCGACAUUGAUAGUAAUUCUCAGAGCGGCAUUCAGUCUCACAUUGUCAAGGGCACAGGAAGUGGAAUUGUUGAUAUGGCAAGGAGCGAACAGGGUUCGCUCUGGGCAACUAUUACACGUGAAUCGAUUCAACUCUGGGUGCAUCGGCCUGUUGGCGUUAUUUCCAAGGUCGUUAGGACACCAAAGUCAUUACUAGACCACGGUGCAAACCAGCGUGUGCUAUGGAAGCCGGACUCGACGAUGCUGGUCGUCGUGACCGAGCAGAGUUUCCUGCACCUGUACAAGGUUGUGCCUCAGGGUAAUGAUGGCGCCAGCUACCAGCUAACAAACAGCAAAAGCUAUGCGUUAGGGCCAGGCGAAGGCGUUGGUUUUCCAGAUCUCACUAUCAAGUUCAAAAUGACCAUCAAAAUGGACGCCGGCGUAUCAUGCCUUAUCGGUCUUGACUCGGACAUUGUUGUAGCGACCGUCAAUCCACCAGCAGUACAACUUAUUCCAUGGUUGGGCAAAGUUCAUGUAAAGACCUGUUUGAUUCGACACAUGAACUUUUUGCUCGACAGGACGGUCAAGAUUGUUGCGAUGAGUCGCUUCCCAAAGUCAACAACGCAAACAUGGUGCAUGUCCGAUGGAAAGGCCUACAUCGUGUAUUAUACCCCAAGCGUUUCUGACACUGAAUCUACGAACCCGGUGUCAUCUAAUGGCGACAGCUGGUAUGGAUUUUGCUUUCACGGUAACCCAGAAGGAUUCGAUAAGCAAGACGCGGGCGUUGUUGCUGCUAGCAAUCCUGAAUACAGUCUGCUUGCCAUUGGAACUCGGGGAGGCGAUGUCCGUAUCUUCAAAUCAGGAGAACAUGCAGGACAAUGGGUUUUCUCGCACAAGCUGGCCUUGAAAGAAUCACAAGGAUACUCCAACAGCACUCCAGAUAAGAUCAUUUCCUUGGCAUGGAAUUCGGAUGGAACGGCGUUGGCUGUUGGUCAGGAAUCACGCUGCCCUUCGAUAUGGAGUGUAUAUGGCCGACGACUAUUUCCAUCCGCCUCGCACGAUAUACCGAGCUUAAAAAAUGCCACUGAAGACCCGUAUCUUCAAGGAACCAGGACACUGUUUUGGAGCGCAGGAAAUAUGGAUCUCAUAGUAUUAGGUGCAGAUGACUCGAGCUCCACCUUUUAUGCUAUUCCUUGCGCCAAAGCGCUGCCCUCUGUUCAGAACCAUCUCAGCUCUGCGCCUCAGUGUCUGCUGCAUUUGAACGAUCGUCUAUUGGUGUACACUGAAGGCCAUCGUCAAGAUGUCUCGUCGACAAUCAACCCUGACACUUUCGUCUGGAACAAUGUUAUGGUACCGGCAGUCUACCUGAGCGACAAUUGGCCUAUUAGAUACUCGUGCCUUAGCCAAGAUGGACAUUAUCUUGCAAUUGCUGGGCGACGAGGUUUGGCGCACUACAACCUUCAUUCAUGUCGCUGGAGACUCUUCGGUAACUGGCAGCAGGAGCAGUCGUUCCGAUGUCAAGGCGGCCUUGCAUGGUUCAAGAAUAUUUUGAUUGCCGGAUGCGAGACAGUUGAGGACCAACGAUUUGAACUGCGAUUGUAUCAACGCGAAAACAAUCUGGACAACAACGACGUUGUCUUCACGGAGCAAUUUGAGUCACGCAUCGCCCAUAUCUCUGUUUGGAGGUCAUCCCUUUUGGUCUACACAUCCAAUAAUACCCUGUACUGCUACUCUCUUGGAAGUGCCAAACGUGUUGAUCUACAGUUGGUCUGGAAGACUUCGCUCCAGGAUAUCGUCGAGUCGCCGACCCUUUUGAAAUCUGUGUCCAUCUUGACUGCGGAGGGAUCAGACGGAAGUGAUGCAACCCACAUUACUCUGCUUGUUGACGGAAAGAUCUAUUUCCUCCGCCCUGAGUUCUUGCCGGAUGGGAACGUGAGGUUGUCGUUUAGACAAAUUACAGACAAGGUUGAGUACUACUGGAUUACGCGGUCUGCUCAUGAUGCCAAUGACUUUUCUUUAUGGGCAUUUAAUGGCACAACACUAAGGAUGUGGUGGAAUGUAUUUGGACCUGGAGGCAGCGAGAGAAGUUUAGCGACGUUUGCCAAGCACAGUUUUUUGGAAAUGGACAUUGAAUUCUAUCCGCUAGCCAUAUUACCGGAACGAGGCAUCGUGUUGGGUCUGGAACCAGAAAUUGCUAUCCACAAACCCAAAUCGCUUGCCAUUUUCAAGAUGGCUACCAAGACCCAUCUCUUCUUGCAGACGAUUUUGCGACAUGUACUGACUCACAACGUAGACGGCGAGUGGGAGGCAUAUGAAUUUGCAAAGCAUUACCAGGAUCUAGGAUAUUUUGGACAUGCAUUGGAAAUCCUCCUGCACAACGUUCUGGAGGACGAAGCAGAAUCUGGCAUCGGUUUUGAAGAAGGCGCCGUUCUUCCAAGGGUCGUCAGCUUUUUGCAGCAGUUUCCUCAUUAUCUUGACGUCAUUGUGUCCUGUGCACGCAAGACCGAAGUUGCCCUUUGGGAAUACCUGUUUUCCAUUGUUGGAGCCCCCAAGGACCUCUUUGAGCAAUGCUUGGCAGCGAAUCAGCUCAAGACAGCGACGUCUUAUCUCCUCAUUCUGCAUACUCUUGAGCCCCUUCAGACAACGAGUCAGGACACUGUGCGACUCUUGGAGAAGACCCUGCAAGCCCAAGACUUUGAGCUCUGCAAGGAACUGGUGCGCUUCUUGAACUCCAUUGAUUCUACUGGAGCUACACUUCAGCAGGCACUCUCGAUGGUGUCGGUGGCUACUUCUUGA